AUGGCACCUCAUCACCUGGAUUUGGAGAGUCUCAUCCUACAAAAUUGCCGUGCCUUCGUCGGGAGCUCAGAUGCCGAGUUCGAUGUCCUAACCCGGAUCGACCCAAGUGAACAGUGGUACGCCUUCGUUCUCAAGACAGAAGGGGCAAAACGCACCAAGAUCUUGGAGAACAAGGCAUCAAGGCCCGAGCGCGCCAUCGAAUUGCUUCACGAGGCUUCGGCGCGUAUGGUGGAUCAAUACGUAACCUGUCAUGGCUACGAUCUCCCUCCAAGUACCACCUCCAAGACCGCAACUGGCAUUCGUGGCGGUGGUGUGGUGAAACCAGAUGUCAUUGCCUGCGGUUCUUCCGAUAGCGAGGCAUUUGCGUCCGACUCUGACGAUUCUGUGCUCCCUCCUCGUCGGUCUCACCGUCGAGGGCAUCGCAGCGGUCGAGGAGCAGGAGAAGCUACCAACAUACGCCUUGAUCGAACAGAAACACAAUCGGCCAGUGACAGCGAUGAGGCAACUCAUCGCCGUACUCCUACGUGGGGGAUGAGCGUUGCCCAACGGCCAGCUAUUCACACACAGAACCACCCUCAGGCAUGGGGCCACCCGAUGUCUCUAGGUCCAGCACCAAUGCCUCCUUCUAUUCCAAACGGUCGACCAGUUCCGGGGAUAAUUCCCCCACCCCCGAGAAACAUCCCUAUUCCUCCUCAUCUAGUGGCUGGUAAGACGUAUGCUGCACGUCUCAACAUCAACUGGCCGGGCAAUGGCAAGCGAAAUAUGCUUGUGAAUGUCUCACCAACUGUCCAGUGUCUGCAACAAGUUGCGGUAAAUGAGGCAGUGAUGCGCCCUCUGACUUCCUCUACGCCACCAUGCCAUCCUUUCUCCGUCAGCCGUGGUAACAACGGAAUCCCCCCAGUCAGAGCCACAGUCCGUCGUGUCACAUUAGGAGAAGACGACACGUACGAGAUGACGGCUUUUGGAAACGACUUGACGGCCUUGUUCCGCAGCACUUCGAGCAUCCCCAAGUUCGAGAUUGAACUGAUUACAGCAAAUGUCGUCUCAACUUUCCCCCCGAUGCCACCCCCGCGCCCUGCGUCGGCUGCUUCUUCGCGCAGCAGCAUUGCGGAUUAA